AUGUCCAUGAGGUCCCAUAGAGUACCAGAGGAAUAUGUGCGGUGGACGAAGCUGCUUUAUGCGAAGCCUACCAGCGUUGUACGGUGUGCUGCUGGUACAAGCAGGUCAUUCCGUGUAGAAGUAGGGGUUCAUCAGGCUUUAUCACUCACCCCCGCUGUUCAUCCUCUGCAUGGAUACGAUAACGAAGGGAAUCCGGAAGCAGCAUCCGUGUGCCCUACUCUUUGCCGACGAUGUCAUGCUCGUGUCGGAGUCUCGAGAAGAUCGUCAAACAAGUACAGUCUUGGAAGAAUUGGCUGCAGCAACAUGGAUUGCGCCUCAAUGUAUCCAAAACUGAGUACACGGAGUGCGGACCAAGGGUAG